UGCGCAGUUCCUCCCGGCGACGCGGCGCGGUGAGCUCCCGGCCCCGGCGGGUCCCGGCCCCCAAACUGGUCCCAGUUCCCUCCCUGGACUGGGCUCGGUACCCCCCAUCCCGAACUGGGUCAAAUCCCUCCUCCCCACCCCCAAACUGGGCCCAGUGACCGCCCCCCCCCCCCCCCAAACUGGGCCCAGUCUCCCCCGUACUGCUCCCAGCGCCCAUACUGGUCCCAGUAACCCACCCGGACUGGUCCCACUAACCCCUCCUAGUAGUGAUCAGGCACCCAUAAAGCUUUCAGUACCCCCAUACUGGUCCCAGCACCGAUACUGGGACCCAGUAACCGUUUGUACUGGUCCUAGAGGCCCAUACUGGUCCCAGUAACCCCAUACUGGUCCCAGUAACCCCUUACUGGACCCAGUAAUCCCAUAGUGCUUCCAGCAUGCCAUACCGGUCCCGGCUCAGCACUGGUCCCAGUGACCCCCGCAGAACUGGUCCCAGUAACCCCAUACAGGUCCCAGUGCUCCCCAGCAACCCCCAGUAACCCCCAGUACCCUUGAGCACCCUCCCAGUACGCACCUAUGUACCCUCCCAGUUACCCCCAGUAGCCCCCAGCCCCCCCCAAAUACCCCUCAGCACCCUCCCAGUACCCCCAGAACCCCCCAGUACUCUCCUGUCCCCCCCAGCACCCUCCCAGUACCCCCAGAACCCCCCCCCCAGUACUCGCCUAGCCCCCUCCCAGUGUCCCCCCAGUCUGGAAGGCGAUGGGCCGAGGGCGGCUACUGGGAGCCUGCGCCUGGCUACUGGGGGGGCUGGCGCUGCUGCAGACCCUCUACUUGCGAGCCCUGCCCCCUCCUCGCUCCCCCCUCUCCCACCGCCGCCCCCCCCCCACCCAUGCCCCCCCCCCGUGGGGUGCUGGACACCUCGGGGACCUUCCGGGUAUAUCGGGACCUUUUGGGGUCCCCCCCUCGCUGGGACCCCCCCGAAUUAGUCCUGGCCACCCACGGUACCCCGGGACGAGUGGCGGAAACCCUGGGGGGGGCACUGGGGGGGCUGUGGGAGGGGCCACUCUCGGUGGCUGUUUUUGGGGUACCCAAGGGAGGGUUGGGGGAGCUGUUGGCAGCUUUGGGGGGGCCUUGCCGGGGGUUACGGGGUCGCUUGCGGUUACACGUGGUGGUGGGGGCGGCUGCGCCCCCCCCCACCGUGUCCCCCAACCCCGGCCCCCCAACCCCGGGGAGAUGUCGGGGGGCCCUACGGCGCCUGGCGGCCGCUGACCCCCCCAGUUACACUUUGGGGGUGCCAUACCCCGGGAAUCUGUUGCGUAACGUGGCCUGGGCGGGGGCAGCGGAAGAAAGGGGGGGGCCAUCCCAGAAUGGGGGGCCUGGUCGCCCCAAAAUUGGGGGGCGCUUUGUGCUGCUGUUGGACGCCGACGUGGUGCCCAGCCGGGGGCUGCGGGAGGAGUUCCUGAGGCUGCUGCAGGAGGGGGGGGCCCAGCUGGGCCCCCCAAUAUUGGGGGCUGGCAGGGGGUUGGGGGACCCCCCGGUGAGAGGGGUUGUGGGGGUCUUGGGGGACCUCCCAGCUGUGGGGGCUGCAGGAUUCUUGGGGGACCCUGGUGGCCUUGGGGUCCCCAGAGCCCUGGACCCCUCCAAUGUCCCCAGUGACCCCGGGGUGCUCAACGCCCUGGAGGUCCCCAACAGGUUGAGUGUCCCCAGCAUCCCGGGUGUCCCCAACACCGUCAGCAUUGUGGGUGUCCCUAACAGUCUGGAGGUCCCCAAUGUCCUCAGUGACCCAGGUGUCCCCAAGACGCUGGAGGUCCCCAAGAGCUUCCAUGACCCAGGUGUCCCCAAUGCCUUGAGGGACCCCAACACCCUGAAGGACCCCAAUGCCUUGGAGAACCUCAACUCCCCAGGUGCCACCACACCGUCCUGGGACCAGGUGGUGUUCGUGCUGCCGGCCUUUGAGGUCCGUGCGGGGACACGGGUGCCAGGGACAAAAGCGGAGCUUCUGCAGCUGUGGGACAGGGGGGACGCUCGCCCCUUCUAUGGGGCACUGUGUCCCCGGUGCCAGGCGCCCACAAGUUAUGGGCGCUGGUGGGCGCUGCCACCCACCGCUCACUUGCGCGUGGCCUACGAGAUGCCAUGGCGUGACCCUUGGGAACCCUUCUACGUGGCGCCGGCCCGGGGUGUGCCACCCUUCGAUGAGCGCUUCCUCCAGUACGGCUUCAACCGCAUCAGCCAGGCAUGCGAGCUGCACGUGGCCGGCUUCCGCUUUGUGGUGCUGGAUGGGGCCUUUGUCGUCCACCGCGGCUUCAAGGAGGCGGGUGGCUUCCACGGGGGGCGGGAGGCCGAGCUGCACCGCAACCGGCAACUUUUCCGGCAUUUCCGGGCCGAGCUGCGCCAGCGCUACCCCCGGUCGUCUCGCCGCUGCUGACCGCGCGCCUGGGUCCUCUCUGCCUGGACGACUGGGUCUGCUACACCCGGACAACUGGGUCCCCAACACCCGGCCGACGGGGUCCCCAACACCUGGACAACUGGGUCCCCAACACCCGGCCGACGGGGUCCCCAACACCCGGACACCUGGGUCCGCUACAUCCGGAUGCCUGCAUCUGCUACACUCGGACACUUGGGUUCUCUCCGCCUGUACAACUGGGUCCCCAACACCCGGCCGCCGGGGUCCCCUGUGCCCUGCCCCGGUGGCCUGACCUCAAUAAAGAUGGCCGCCUGCCCACAAUGCCUCUGUGCAGGUGAUGUCAUUGGGGAGGGGUGGGGCCCUCUGGUUGCCGUGGCAAUCGGUAAGGGAUGGCAGGAGCGGCUGCCUCCAGCUCAGACCAGUACAGACCAGUACAGUCUGUAAGGGAUGUCAGAUG